AUGUCGUGCUGCAACGCCUUCUCGACGAGCUGCUGCAGGGCGCAAGACGCCAAGGGCCUGAAUAAAUUCAGCAAGACGAUCACGCAGCCAAAGGACCAAGGAGCGAGUCAGGCUAUGCUCUACGCUACAGAAGGCAUAGACUCCGACGCAGACUUGCAGAAGCCGAUGAUCGGCGUCGCGAGUAUAUGGUAUGAAGGCAAUCCAUGCAACAAUCACGUACUUGCAUUAGGCCAAAGAGUCAAAAAGUCUAUAGCCAAAGCGGGCCUGACGGGCUACCACUUCGGCACGCCGGGCAUCUCGGACGGCAUCUCAAUGGGCACAUUCGGGAUGUCAUAUUCACUGCAAUCGCGCGACUUGAUCGCAGACUGUGUCGAGUCUGUAGCGGGAGGUCAUUGGCUCGAUGGCAUGGUCGUCUUGCCUGCAUGCGACAAGAACAUGCCCGGCGUUCUCAUGGCGCUCGGCAGACUCAACAGACCUGGCAUAAUGGUCUACGGUGGCACAAUUCGUCCCGGCAGCUGCGAGGGCCAGCCUCAGCUCGACAUUGUCAGCGCUUUUCAAUCGUACGGCAAGUACCUCGAAGCGGGCAAGACAGAAGCGGCAGAGAAAGUGCGAUACGAUACCGUCAGGAACGCUUGUCCUGGCUCUGGCGCCUGCGGUGGCAUGUAUACUGCAAAUACAAUGGCGAGCGCAGCCGAAGUGCUCGGCAUGACGCUGCCCGGCUCUAGUAGCUUCCCAGCAGAAUAUCCCGAGAAGCAAGCGGAAGCAGACUCGAUCGGUGAAGCAAUGAAGAACUUGCUCGAGAAGGACAUCAAGCCGCGCGACAUCAUGACUCGGGCAGCUUUCGAGAAUGCCAUGGUUCUCGUCAUGAUCCUCGGGGGCUCGACCAACGCAGUCUUGCAUCUCAUCGCUAUCGCUCACAGCGUCGGCAUCAAGCUCACCAUUGACGAUUUCCAGACUGUCUCGGACCGGACGCCCUUCCUCGCAGAUCUCAAACCGAGUGGCAAGUAUGUCAUGGAAGACGUCUUCAAGAUUGGCGGCAUACCCAGUGUACUCAAGUACUUGCUGAAGAACGGUCUCAUCGAUGGCAGUACAAUGACUGUGACGGGCAAGACACUUGCCGAGAACCUCGAACACGCAAAGGAUCUGCCAGCAGGUCAGGACGUCAUCCGGCCGCUAGAGAAGCCUCUAAAAUCCAGCGGUCACAUUCGCAUUCUCAAAGGAAGCUUAGCGCCAGGCGGUGCAGUAGCAAAGAUCACAGGCAAGGAGGGUUUGACCUUCAAGGGCAAAGCGCGAGUCUUUGACACCGAGAACGACAUGGUACAUGCUGUCGAGAAUGGUGAGAUCAAGAAGGGCGAAAAGACCGUCAUCGUCCUGCGCUAUCUUGGUCCGAAGGGUGGACCGGGCAUGCCAGAGAUGCUCAAACCGACCAGUCUCGUCAUGGGCGCAGGACUAGCGCUCGAUGUAGCUUGUCUAACCGAUGGGCGAUUCUCCGGUGGUACGCAUGGCUUCUGUAUCGGUCAUGUCGUGCCCGAAGCGCAAUUGGGCGGUCCUAUCGCACUCAUCAAGGAUGGCGACAUCAUCGCAAUCGAUGCCGAGAAGAACACGCUCGAUGUCUUGCUUAGCGAGGAAGAACUAGCAGAGCGACGCAAGCAGUGGAAGCCAAGGCCGCCUCGUGUCACCCAGGGCACGCUCUACAAGUAUUACCGCAACGUCACCAAUGCGUCAUUGGGUGCCAUUACAGAUGCUUACGAGCCAGAAGCGGAAGCAUAG